UCAACAACACAAAUAAUGUUUUGUUAUUCUCUUGUAGAAAAUGACUUGCUUGGCAAGAUUGGGAAGUUGGAACAGGACCUUGAGAUGGCCCAACACUCAACCACCGGCAGAGACACCCGCUUCAUGCGAGAUGAGCUUAAUCAGCUGGAGAAUCAGUUGGAGCAGCGGGAGAAGGACUUCUCUCAGCUGCAGAGGGAGAUGAGCAAGGAAAAGAAGACCAGCGAGGAGCUGGCGGCGCGGGCAGAAGAGGCGGAGGAGAGCUUGAGGAAGCUCCGCAGAGAGCUGAAGAAGCUUAAGAAGAAGAACGAGCAGGUCCAGCAAGAUGUGGACUUCUACCGCCGGGAGCUGGAGCAGAAGGUGGCGGCGGGCCCCGUUGACAAGAGCCAGGAGGCCCAGCGCAAAAUCAACACAAUCAACCGGGAGUACUGCCAGUGCAUGGACGACCUGCAGCGUUCGGAGGAAGACAGGGCCCACCUGCGCACGGACAACGAGCAGCUGCGGCAGGACUUGACGGACUCGGUGAGGGAGAUGGAGGCCAUGACGGACGAGUACAACAAGAUGAAGAUCGUGGUGCAGCAGACGGACGGCAUCAUGGACCAGCUGAGGAGGGAGCGGGACCACGGCAACCUGCAGGUUCGAGCGCUGACGGAGCAGCUCCAGCGGCAGGCGGACGAGGAAGACCCCGUCAUGGCCGCCGUCAACGCCAAAGUGGAGGAGUGGAAGAGAGUGCUCUCUGCGAAGGAUGACGAGAUCCUGGAGUACCAGCACAUGAUCCGCGACCUGCGGGACAAGCUUCGGUCGGCCCAGGGCGACUCGGACAAGACCAACAUCAUCGCCCUGCAACAGGUGGUAUACGAGCUCUGCGUCGCCGUGCAGGAGAGGGACAACCAGGUGAAGCUGCUGAGUGAACAAGUGGAGCAGUACACCGGAGAGAUGGAGAGGAACGCCCGGCUCAUCCAGGACCUCAAGAAGCCGCUGAAGAAAGGCCCGUCCUCGGCCGCCCACCGCCGGGUGGAGGAGCUGGAGGCCAAGGUGGCGGCGGCGGAGCGAAGCGCCCUGGAGGACCGCCGCGGCGCAGAGCUGGCCGAGCGCGACGCCGCCGACAAGGACCGCGAGCUGAGCGAGACGCUGACCCGCGUCCGGCUCUACGAGUCUGGGACCGACGGACUGGAAGCAGCCAUCGCGGAGAUCAAAGAGGGCAAGCGCCAGAUGAGAAUGAAAGACCGUGAGACGGAGGCUCUCGCGCGGGAAAUUAACGGCCUGACGCUCGGGAACAACGAGCUCCAGGACGAAAACGAGGCGUUCAGAGAACGGCUAGGUCUGAGCCCCAAGGAGGAAGUGGAUCUGUCUGAGUUCCUUCACGCCAAGAGCCUCCGACAGCGGCAGUACAAAGCUGAGAACCAGGUCCUCACCAAAGAGAUCGAGCGACUUGAAGAGGAGCGGCUGGAGCUGAAGAAGCAGAUCCGUCGCAUGGUGACGGGCCGAGAGCUGGGGGGAUCCACCACCGCCCAGCUGGACCAGAACGACGCAGGGCCGAGUAAACUGCUGCUCCUUGACCUCCAGGAGGGCGCAGACAAGAUGAAACGGAAGACUGAACACUUGCAGAAGGAGCUGAGUGACAAGGAGAGAGAUCUUGAGCAACACAAGACCCAGUCCAACCAGCUCCGAGUCAAAUUGGAGGAGGUGUCCAGGGUCAAGAGCGACCUCGAGGCCACGCUGACAGAAGUCCUCACAGCCAUGAGGGCCAAUCAAGAGCUGGGGGCUCAGGUUGCUGUCGCCGCCCCCUCCUUGGAGGGACUGCUCAGAGUCAUGGAGGGCAUGGGUUCACCCGCCUCUGGCAAGCCCGAGGCGGUCUCCCACCUGCAGGCCCAGCUGGACCAGAUGACGGGCCGGAACCAGGAGCUCAGGCAGGAGCUGCGCCUGGCCCGGGAGGAGGCCGGCGAGGCACUCAGUGGGCUGGCCAAGGCUCAAGUAAAGGUGACUCAACUGGAGUCCGACGCGGAGAUCCCGAAGCAAUCCCCUAGCGAGUCCCCGGCGUUCCGACCUUUGACCCUGCCCGCGGAUUUGGCUCCCUCGAGUGCGGAGAUAAUCAGCACCCUGAACGAAUACGCCAUUCGCCUCCUCCAGGAGGUUAAAAACAAAGAAGAGUCAGCCGAACAGCUCACGGCCGCUCUGGAGAAGUACAAAAGCAAAGUGGGGGUCAUCUUCCACAGGCAGGGUCUGCUGUACAAAGAGCAUCUCAGUGACAAGGAGGCGUGGCAGAAAGAGAGGGAAACGUUUGCAGAGCUGAAGAACAAGAUGGAGGAGCAGAGGGAUGUGGAUAACGUGAGGGUCCAGGAAUUCAACAGCCUGCUGGAGAAGCUACGGAAAGAUCCGGAAGAGUUGCGGCGGCAGUUGGCGGAGACGGUGAGGCAGGUGACGGUGCUGCGGGUGAACGAGAAGACGCUGUCGCGGCGCUACACCCUCCUCUCGGAGCAGGAGCAGCAACUCCGCAAGGACAACGGCAAGCUGAGGGUCGACAGCGGGCACAUGCAGGUCGCCGUGACCGAGAGGAUGGGCUACCUGCAGAGAUACAAGGAAAUGGCAGCGUACAGGAUCACGGCCCUGCAGAAGGCUUUGGAUGAGAGCAUUCCGUCCUCCGACCUCGACCGGGCCAACAAGCAGUACACGGAGUUAACCGUCAAAUACAGAGACACGCUGCAGAGAGACAACCACAUGGUGCAGAGGACUUCCAGUCUGGAACAUCUGGAGCAGGAGAACGCCUCGCUCCGGGAGCAGAUCUCUGAGCUGGUGACGGAGCUGGAGAGCGCCAAGGAGAAGCUCAACACCCUGGAGCAGGCCUGGGAACACUGCAGCAUCGUGGCAGGUGACGUCAGGGGCGUGGACAAGGUGAGCAAAGCACUGGCCAACCGCGAGACGGCGUCCGCAUCCAGACGCAUCACCACGCUGGAGAUGAAGGAGCUGAAUGAGCGGCAGAGGGCCGAGCACGCGCACAAGAUGUGCGAGCACGCCAGGAACUCCCUCCGGCACGCAGAAGAGCGCAACGCAGAGCUGGAGGCCAAGUUUGCAGAGCUGACCAAGCUGCACCUGGAGGCCCAGCGCGUGGAGCGGGAGCUCAGGGACCAGCUGGCGGACAGCGUGAGCCGGGCCACCAGCGACGCCGACCGCGCCCGCGUGGCAGAGCUGGAGAAGGCGGAGGCGGAGCUCCGCGUGGAGGCCUCGAGGCUCCGAGAGGUGUCUGACGUGGCCAAGAUGCAGGUGUCUGUGAUGGAGGCCCGGCAGCAGUCCAGGGAUAAGGAGACCGAGUCCUUCAGGAGGCAGGUUCUGGACCUUCAGUCCCAGUCGGACGAGAAGGCCCUCCUGGGCCGGCUCCACCAGCAGGUGGUGUCGCUGCAGCUCAGCGAGGCGGCGGCCCUGGGCCGCGCGGAGGCCCUGACGGCCCGCCUGCGCGCCCUGGAGGCCUACCAGCUCCGGGCCGAGCAGCGCCUGGACGCCGGCCAGCGCGCCCUCUACCUGGCCCGGCAGGACGGCCGCGGCCGCGCCCGCCACCUGCGGCAGACGGUGCACGCGCUGCGGCGGCAGUGCGCCGGCGCGCUGCCCCUGGCGCGGCAGGAGCAGCUCUCCCUGGCGCUGGCGGAGCUGCAGGGGGAGCGCGCCGCGGCGCAGCGGGAGAGGGGGGAGGCGCGGGAGCAGCGGAGGAGGGCGGAGGGCCGGGCGGAGGAGCUGGAGGGGAAGCUGGCCGGUCUGGAGGAGCUGGUCGCCGCGCUGGGGGACGCCAAGGGAGCGCGGAAGGUGAUGGAGUGGCACCGGCGGGCGGAGGAGGUGCGCCUGCAGGACAUGCGCCGCGGCAGGGAGCUGGAGACGCAGAGGGAGGAGAUCCUCUACCUGAAGGGCCUGGGAGAGGGCCGCGAGCGCGCCCUGCGUGCCCUGGAGGAGGAGCUGGUGACGGAGCGCACGCUCUGGGAAGAGCGGCAGGUUUCUUGGGAGCAGCGGGAGGUGGACCUGGAGCGCCGGCUGGACGCCUUCGAGACGCGGCAGCAGCAGCAGGUGGUCCCGGGAGCCUCCCAACAGGCUGAGCAGCAGGACUUGCUACCAGACCCCAGCUGGCCGGUGGCUCGGCAGCUGGAGUUCGCCCUGAGGAAACUGGGGGAGCACGGCCGCACCAUCCUGGAGACGCAGGCCUCGUGCAGAGCUCUGGAGGAGAGGUCCAAGGGGAGCGAGGAGGCACUGCGCAGCGCCCAGCAGAACGUGCUCUCCAGGGACCGGGUCAUCAACGAGCUCAGGCUCCGCCUCCCCGCCACGGCCGGCCGGGAGAGGCUGCUGGCCGACCUGGGCCGGGCGGCGACGGCGGCGGCGGCGGGGGAGGAGGAGGGCGGUGCGGAGAGCCAGCCGGCCCUCCAGGUGGCGCACCACACCAUCGGGAGCCUGCAGGGGCGGCUGAAGCAGAAGGAGGAGGUGGUGAAGAAGUACCAGGAGCUGCUGGCCCGAGCCAGACGGGAGCAGGAGGAGGUGAACAGGAGGCAUGAGGAGGAGGUGAAGGCUCUGCAUCAGAAGCUGGACCUCUACUCGGACAGCUCACUGGACCGCUUCAAACAGAACACACUGGACCUGCUGAAGAAGCCGUCCCUCAGCGUGCCCACCUCCAAGCACCUGGUGCGGCUGGCGGAGGUGGAGCAGACCGUGGUGGAGCAGGACCACUCCCUCUCCGCCCUCAACGAGAGGCUGAGGGCGGCCGUCGCCGAUGCCGACCGACAGAGGGUUUCCGUGGCGACGCAGGCCAAGAAACACCAGGAGGAAGUGUCAAAGCUGGAGGAGCAGCACGCGGGCAGGGUGAAGGCGCUGGCCGGGGACGGUGAGGAGCUGAGGGCCCAGGCCGCCCACACAGAGAAGCAGCUGCAGUACCUCCAGAGCGAGCUGGAGGCCCAGAAGGAGGCCAACGUCCGCUCGCCCAGCAACACCAUGAAGAGCCUGGUGGAGCGGCUCAAGGCCCAGCUCGCCCAGAAAGAGAAGCAGCUCAAGGCCCUGGGCAAGGCGCUGCUAGAGCUGCGGUCGGAGAUGACGGGCCUGGCGGAACAGCAGAUCAUCUCGGGCGCGGCGCAGAGAGAGGAGAGCCUCAACGUCCAGACGCUGGUGGACAAGCACACCAAGGAGCUGAAGCUGCGGCUGCAGGAGCUGAGCAAGGAGCUGCAGUCUGCGAAGGAGUCGGUCAGGGGGGCCCGCUGCCGCGAAGAGGCCCUGAAGGAGGAGGUGGAGGAGCUGAGGGGCGACCUGCAGCGGAACCACAAGAGCCAGGGUCGGCUGCAGGGGGAGAAGGAGCAGAGAGACCACGAGCUCCAGGAACUCCGGCAGCGCGUCAAGAGGCUGAGCAGCGGGCUACAGAACCAACAGGAGGCUGACGACCGGGGCUCCACAGUGGAGAACCUCCAGAGGAAGGUCAGGAGGUUGGAGUUGGAGCUGGAGAAGAGGCCGUCGUCCCCAGAGAGGAGCGCCAACACCACCACCAACAAGGAGGACAACAAGUCCAAGGAAGAGGUCGUGCGCUGGGAAGAGGGGAAGAAAUGGCAGACGAGGAUGGAGAAAGUACGGAACGGACUCAAGGAGAAAGAGGGGGAGGUGGAGGCUCUUUCCAGACAGCUUGGCACUCUCAAAGACCUCUACGCCAGACUGGAGCAGGAGAACAAGGGCCUGCUGAGGAAGGCCAAGGGGCGCGGUGUGACCGCCGACCACGUGGUGGGCGUGCGGAGUGCCGAGACGGAGAAGGAGCUGGAGGAGCUGAGGAGGAGGAACAGCGAGCUGGAGAAGCAGAUCCUCAGCAUCAGGAGCCAGCAGGCCCUGCCCAGGGACGCAGCUGUGGAUGACCUCACCCAGAGGAACCGCUGGCUGGAGGAGAGACUUCACACCAUGGAGUCCCAGAUGUCCAAGGAGCCUCCUUCCAGGCCUUCUGAAGGGGGCAAACCCACCGCAUCUCCAAGAGCGAAACGCGCCCCUCGUUUUGAAGUCGGGCAGGGGACAGACCGAGAGAACCCAGAACCGCACAGCGAAUUACUUUCUCAAGAGCAAUCGUUCCCUCAUCCGUCUGAAGAGGAAGCAGAUGCCGAUUCUGAUAUUAUCAAGGAGGAAGAGGAGCAGGUCGAAGGCGGCGGAGACGAUGAGGGUCCGAGCGGACAGGAGAGCGGGCCCUGUGCUACCGAAGUCGUCGCCAGCGAACCCGACGGAGAUCCCGCCAUGACCCCAAACUUGGCGAGCGCAGAGGGGAUGGAUCCAGAGGUCGAGGCUGAGGAGAAUCCGUCGGGAGCGGCCAACCCGUGCGACCUGGGCGUGGCAGGGGAUUUGACGGACGAGGACAGAGUAACGCUGGGCGAAGAGACGGGUCCAACCAUUAUGGAGAUGGAAACGGGUGACGAACCGGAGCGACACAGUACAGCUCAGGAAGAUGCAGACCCGCAAGACGAACCCAACGCUGAUACGCUCACAGACACUGUGACCGCCGAAUUGGCAGGAAGGGGCUGCGUUGAGCCGGGGUCUGAGGUCUUAAGCCACAUGGGCGUACCAAAGAGAGAGAGCCAAUCUGACAGACGCCGCCUGAAGACGUCCGGGCGGGGCACAGGCACGCCAUCGCAGAAAGACCAGGAUGUCCAGAAAGAAAACCUGAAGCUCUCCUCGGAAAACCUGGAGCUCCGCCUUCAGUUGGCACAAGCUAAUGUUGAGCUGCCUGGUCUAAAGCGAGAAGUCGCAGACCUCAAAGAGAUGUGCCGAGUCGUGAGGAAGGAAAGAGCCGAGGCAGAGAAGAAGCUGUCCCACUUGCGUGGGGCGGGCACCAGCGGUAAGACGGUGGGCGACCUGGAGAAGACGGUGGGGCUGAUGAAGAAGGUGGUGGAGAGGGUGCAGAAGGAGAACGACGCCCUCAAGAGAACCUCCGGAACGGCCAAUCAGGACAAGCUCGCGUCUCUGCAGCAGCAGCACGAGACCCUCAAGACGGACUAUGAAAAGCUGAAGCAGGAGGCGGACACCGAACUGAACGCCAGACUGGAAUCCAAAACCAGAGGGAUGGAAAAGAUAGUGAUGGAGAGCGAACGGCUACGGAGAGAGAUUAAAAGGGAAAAGGAAGCGACAGAGAGGCUGCGAGUGACCAGGAGCGGCCUAGAAGUGACCAUCGAGAAGCUGGAGUCAGAGCUGGAGGAGACCAGGCGCAAACUACACACCGCUCUGUCAAGAGCCAUCCCCGAGGGAGCGGACAGCAAGACCUGGAAGGCCUCAGUGGUGACGAGAAUGUAUGAAAACAAGAUGAAAGAGCUGGAGAGGGAAGGAGAGAAGGAGCGGGCCGAGCGCACCGAGCUCAAGAGGAAACUGAAGGAGGCGGCCGAGCGGGAGGAGAAAGCCCUGCGCGCCAUCCACGCACUCGAGGAUCAGGUGAAAGGCGGCACCAGGAUUGACGCAACUACAACCAAAGAUGUGGCAGCGCUAAGGCGGGCCAACGAGGAGCUGGAACAGGAGCGGUGUAAGCUGAUGAAGGAGCUGCAGGAGCUCCGGGAGGGGUCCGGACAAACAUCCACUCUUCAAGGCUCCAAGGAGCUGAGGAACCUUCUGAAAGCAUCAGAGACCGAGAAGAAACGUUUACAAGGGGAGGUGAAGAAGCUGAGUCGAGCCCUGGAGAACUUUGACCCAAAGUUUUUCGAUGAGAUUGAAGACCUGAAGUUCAACUACAAUUUGGAGGUGAAGAAGAACAUUCUGCUGGAAGAAGAGCUGAGGAAGGUUUGCACUCAGUUUGGCGUGCCAGCUAAUAUUCCCAGUGUGUCAAUCAGCUAAGCCAUUACAAACCACAAGAGGGCUGUUAAAAGUAACCCAACACUGUAAUGAAACCACAGGCCCAAAGCCCAUAGGGUGGUUCAGAUCAGAUAACAGCUACUGAUAUUACCUGUUCCAAUGGUUUGAUAACGCUAUAAAAAAAACUGUAAAAUAUAUCAUCUGUAAAUGAGUUGAUUAUGGCAAAUAGAAGCAGGUUUGUACAUUCCAAUUAUUCCUGAUACAAAACAGCGUGAGAGAUCUGCUUCAUACAGUCCACCACUUUAUUUCUUCGUAAAUAGUGCUAAUAAAUCCUUCAUUAUGAACUACGUUACCGUGCAGAUGUUUAUUUUUUUUACCCACUGCCAAUAAAAGACAAUACAUGUCAUGUUUGGAUCUUUUAAAUAGCAUGUUACCCAACAUCUGGUAUAUAUUUACAUAAUCGUUCUAAGUAUUAAAUUCGACAAAAAAAAAAAGCUGCGAACGAUUGUGGCAAAUGGGUCUCCGCUUCU